CGCUCAUGAAGUAUAGACACUGACUCGCGACUUGUCCUACCCAUUCGCUUGCGAUCGUGCAACCAUCUAACGUCGUGUGGAAUAAGCGAUGUGCGCCUGACCAUCCCUCGCCAACACGACCGACCCAUCUCACAUUACAACACACCUCAGCAGCAUUGAUCCCCUUCAAAUCGACGCUGACACUCUCACUCAUCAUUAAAGCGUCUCGCUAGCAAACAUGGCCGCACCCACAGGAGCCUCUGCCGAUCCUCAUCGUUACGCUUCCUCUCCCGAGCUGCCCAUCCCAGACGAAGCUCUCUCCCUCUUCCGAACAUCUAGCUACCUCAGCUCUCUCUCCACUACCGCACUGGUACAGCACAUAAUUCAAACAAGAGAUCAAGUCUUUCCUCAUGCGCCUUAUCCAUGCUUGGGAAGUUUCAGAUUCUUGAUGCCUGCUAUACAUACCUGCGGACCGCAAGGCACUUACAAAGCGUUGCUUGCCCAUCUCAAAAGUCGAGCGGGAGGAGAGGAAGCAGGAGCACCUCCGAAGAAGCAUUUGGAUCUGGGUUGCGCAAUGGGACAGGAUACGCGCAGAUUGAUCGUGGAUGGAGUACCCUCUGAUCGAUUAGUAGCUGCUGAUCUGUCCAAGGACCUCAUGGACGCAGGACACGCCAUGUACGACGAUGCAUCAGCGCGAGAGCGAAUCGGAGGUACAAAGUGGUUGGUGUGCGAUGUGUUUGAUGAGCAGCACGUUCAAAGAGUGCGCGACGAGGCGAGAGAGGAUGGCGGCGGAUACGGCAGCAUCUACAUCGGAAGCUUUUUGCACCUGUUCGAUCUCGACGAGCAAAAGUCGAUCGUCAAGACUCUAGACGGUCUCCUCUCGCAUCAUCCAGCUUCUCAGAUCCUAGGUCGUCAAGUCGGACUGCCGCUCGGUCGAUCCGUCGAGGAGAAGCAGGGCAAGUGGAAGGGGAAUCAAUCGACCGAUAGGGCCUAUAGACACGACAUCGAAUCCUUCAAACAACUUUGGGGAAGAGAUUGGGACGUGUAUGUGGAGGAGGAGGAUUUUGGAGGUCGAUAUGGGGAUGGAGAUGUUGCGAGCAGAGGCAGCACAGCAGACCAUGCCACUAAGCGGUUGCUAUUCAGGAUCGUGCGCAAAUCUCAUCAGAAUGUAUAGCCACUGUGACUCCCGCACACGCAUGCACCCCGAGUCUCGCACACGUGCAAGACGAUUGGAGCAUCCAACACCAUGACUUUGCCGCAUGCAAAUCGCUAUUCACAUUGCUGCACAAGUGUGCCUUGCUCAUUCUGCUUUUCUUCCUCGCAAUGCCGACACUCCUACAGGCCCUUGCUAGCCAGAGCCCCGUUGAAGGACUUGACUGCAGUGUAG